AUGCAAAGGCUGAUUAAGUUUCGAGUCCUGUGGGGCAUCCACAUGUCCUGCCCUGGCUUCCACCAUGCCCCUCAGCACCUGCGCUGCCAACCUUUAUCAGGAGCUGGAACCCUAAGAUGGAAUGAAUAUGACAGACCUGAGGAAUUUAACUUUGCAAGUGAUGUACUGGACCACUGGACUCAAAUGGAGAAGGAGGGCAAGAGAAGUCCAAAUCCAGCCCUGUGGUGGGUGAAUGAUCAAGGGGAUGAAGUGAAGUGGAGCUUCAGAGAGAUGACAGACUUAACCUGUCGCACAGCCAACGUCUUCACACAGACCUGCGGCCUUCAGACGGGAGACCGUCUAGCCUUGAUUUUGCCUCGAGUGCCUGAGUGGUGGCUUGUGUCUGUGGGCUGCAUCCGAACAGGGAUCAUCUUCAUGCCAGGGACCACCCAGAUGAAGGCCAAGGACAUUCUCUACCGACUACAAGUGUCUGGAGCCAAAGCCAUUGUGACCACAGAUACCCUUGCCCCAGAGGUGGAGUCUGUGGCACCUGAGUGUCCUUCUCUGAAAACCAAGCUCCUGGUGUCUGACCACAGCCGUGAAGGGUGGCUGGACUUCCGAUCACUGAUUAAAUCAGCCUCCCCAGAUCACGUCUGUAUUAAGUCAAAGACCCUGGACCCAAUGGUCAUCUUCUUCACUAGUGGGACCACGGGCUUCCCCAAGAUGGCAAAGCACAACCAUGGAUUCGCUUUAAGAUCCUAUUUCCCUGCAUGCAGGAAAUUGUUGCAGCUGAAGGCAUCUGAUGUCUUCUGGUGCCUGUCAGACACAGGCUGGAUUCUGGCUACCUUGGGGUCCCUGCUUGAACCAUGGACAGCGGGGUCUACAGUCUUUGCUCAUCAUCUGCCUCAGUUUGACUCAAAGGUCAUUAUAGAGACAUUUUUCAAAUAUCCAAUUACCCAAUGCCUUGCUGCACCCUCUGUAUAUCGAAUGAUUUUGCAGCAGAAAUUCACCAGUCUUAGGUUCCCCACUCUGGAACACUGCUGUACUGGUGGGGAAGCCCUGCUGCCCGAGGAGCAAGAACAGUGGAAAAGACACACAGGUAUUCUGCUCUACCAGGCCUAUGGACAGUCAGAAACGGGAAUAACUUGUGGCACUCUCCGAGGGAUGAAGAUCAAGCCAGGUUCCAUGGGGAAGGCCAUCCCACCCUUUGACAUUCAGAUCAUUGAUGACAAGGGCAAUAUCCAGCCUCCCAACACGGAAGGAAACAUUGGCAUCAGGAUCAAGCCCACCAGGCCCAUAGGCCUCUUCAUGUACUAUGAGAAUAACCCAGAGAAAACAGCUGAAGUGGAAUGUGGGGACUUUUAUAACACUGGGGACAGAGCAACUAUUGAUGAAGAGGGCUACUUCUGGUUCCUUGGAAGGAGUGAUGAUGUCAUCAAUGCAUCUGGGUACCGCAUUGGGCCAGCAGAAGUAGAGAAUGCCCUGGCAGAGCACCCAGCGGUGGCUGAGUCCGCUGUGGUGAGCAGCCCGGACCCGGUUCGAGGGGAGGUAGUGAAGGCAUUUGUUGUCCUGAACCCAGGAUUCUCGUGCCAUGACCAAGACAAGCUCACCAAGGAGCUGCAGCAGCAUGUGAAGUCAGUGACAGCCCCAUACAAGUACCCAAGGAAGGUGGAGUUUGUCUCAGAGCUGCCCAAAACCAUCACUGGCAAGAUAAAAAGAAGUGAGCUUCGGAAGAAGGAGUUUGGUCAAAAGUAG